AUGAAGAGUCCAUCGUUGUACAUGGGGACUGAUGACUUGGUUGUCUCGCCAAGUUCUGAUGUGUAUGUUCUUUCAUUUUUGAGUAAUUUGGAGAUUCUUUCUUCUGAUUUGGAGGAGAGAAUGGUCACCAUUGAAAAAUUUGAGGGUCUUAACAUUUUGAAAGCUUCUGUGAUGUCAUCUUCUGCUCGGACUAAUGAUCUUAUCCAUUUCUUAAAGUCAAGGAUGAGAAUUCUUAGUGAAGGAAAGUUUAUGGUUUCUGGUAAUUUUCUAGGCAAUGAAAAUACUAAAUAUUGUCUCACUUUAAAUAUUUCAGUUGGAGUUAUUUUAGCCAUUCAACCUUUUAACUAUCCUGUCAACCUUGCUGUCUCGAAAAUUGCUCCCGCAUUGAUUGCUAGAAGUUCUAUUGUGCUUAAGCCUCUAACUCAGGGAGCUAUUGCUGCUUUGCACAUGGUUCAUUGCUUUCACUUGGCUGGUUUUCCCAAAGGCCUAAUCAGAUAUGUUAUUGGAAAAGGCUCGGAAAUUGGAGACUUUCUUACAAUGCAUCAAGGAGUUAACUGUAUAAGCUUCACUGGUGGAGAUACUGGCAUUGCAAUUUCAAAGAAGCCAGGUAUGAUUCCUCUACUAAUGGAAUUGGGAGGAAAAGAUUCUUCCAUUGUGCUUGAAGAUGUUGAUCUUUAUUUGGUUAUUGCAAACAUCAUAAAAGGAGGUUUUUCAUUCAGUGGUCAGAGGUGUACUACUGUGAAGGUUGUUCUGGUAAUGGAAUCAGUUGUUGGCGCAUUGGUUGAGAAAGUAAAGGUUAAGGUAGCAAAACUAAGCGUUGAACCACCCGAGAAUGAAUCUGAGAUCACAACAGUUGUAUCAGAAUCAUCGGCCAAUUUCAUUGAAGGCUUGGUGAAUGAUGCUAAAGAGAAAGGUGCGACAUUCUGUCAAGAAUACAAGAGAGAAGGGAAUAUCAUUUGGCUUUUGUUACUUGAUAAUGUUAGACGAGACAUGAGAACUGCAUGGGAAGAUUCUAUUGGAUCACUAGGUGGAUUGCCCUUAUUUUUGUCAAUGAUAAUGUUUCCAUUAGAUCCUUUCAUGCUACAAAGAAAAGCAUUAUUGUUGUCUCUAUUGUACAUAGCUUUAUGGGAAUGGCUAUUCAUUCAAGGCAUGGUUCAUAUAUUUUCCUCCCUAUUUAUAGAGUUGGAAGUUUUAUAA